UGCCAUUCACCCGGAAAUUAUUUACAAAAUAAAGAAAUUUUAAAGCAGCUGCCUUUAAACGUAUUAAAUUAUAAUCUCGUAGCUUUACAAAAACCAAAACUUUGACAUGGGCUUCCUCACAGUAUUGAAAAAAAUGCGUCAAAAGGAGAAGGAAAUGCGUAUAUUGCUGCUUGGUCUGGAUAAUGCCGGCAAGACGACGAUCCUAAAGCGCUUCAAUGGAGAGCCCAUAGACACCAUCUCGCCCACUUUGGGGUUUAACAUAAAAACCCUGGAGCACAAUGGCUAUACACUCAAUAUGUGGGAUGUCGGUGGCCAAAAGUCAUUGCGAUCCUACUGGCGAAACUAUUUCGAGUGCACAGAUGGUUUAGUUUGGGUGGUAGACAGUGCCGACAGGAUGCGCCUGGAGUCCUGCGGCCAGGAGCUGCAAGUCCUUCUCCAAGAAGAGCGCCUCGCAGGAGCCACUCUACUUGUUCUCUGUAAUAAACAGGAUCUUCCUGGUGCCCUUUCAUCAAAUGAAAUUAAGGAGAUACUGCAUCUAGAGGAAAUCACCACGCAUCAUUGGCUGGUUGCCGGAGUAAGCGCGGUGACUGGCGAGAAGCUUCUCAGCUCUAUGGACUGGUUAAUAGACGACAUAGCCAAGCGCAUAUUCACUUUGGAUUAAAUAUAACCUCUUUUACUUCCUUACUUCUCCACUAAGUA